AGAAGUACUCUUCUCUAAGAUCUAGUACCAGCACUACUGAAGACUAAGAGAUGAAGUUGUUGGUAUUGGCGGCGUUUAUCGCCGUCGUUUCCUCCGGGAAACUAAGCGAGCAGCAGCAGGACAACCAAUGGCCGUGGCAAUCUGGCAAACUUUACCGCUAUGAGGUGAACUCGCACACCCUGGCGCGCCUGCAUGAGGGCGCCAGCUCCGGCAACGCUUUCAAGGCCCAGUUCAUCGUGCGCGUCAAGUACCCAGGCCGCCUCCUGGCCAAGUUGGAGAACCCAGUCCAUGCUCAGUUCAACCAACAGCUGCCCAACAACAUGGCCGUACCUUCCGACCUUAAGUACGAAACCGUACAAAACCUGGACAAGCCUUUCGAGAUUUCCGUCGAAGGUGGUCGCGUGGUUGCCCUAAGUCUGCCCUCUGCAUUCUUACUUUCUCACGAGAACUUGCUCAAGGGUCUGCUCAGCACACUCCAAGUAGACCUUUCUGUUUACCACCAUGUGCACAACCACCAGGAUAGCUACGACAAGGAACGCCAGCAGGGUCUCUUCAAAAAGAUGGAGACUGAUGUUACAGGCGACUGUGAGACUUUGUACACCGUCUCCCCUGUAGCCGCAGAAUGGCGACGAGAACUUCCGCGUUUCGCGAAUGAAGAGGACCCCAUGGAAAUCACCAAGAGCAAGAACUACGGUCACUGCCACCACCGUGUUGCUUACCACUUCGGAGUACCUGAAGGUGCUGAAUGGACUGGAACUGCUCACCGUAGUGAAGAGAAACAGUUCAUUUCGCAGUCCACCGUCUCUCGUAUCCUUGCCGGUAAACAGGGUCCAAUCUACAAGGCCGAAACCACCAGCACUGUGAGCGUACACCCCCACUUAUAUGGAAAGCAGAAGGCGCAGGUACACAGCUACGUCCAGUUGAUCUUAGUCUCAGUUGAACAGGACAAUGGAGUUGAAUGGCAAAAACCAGAGGGAACCCGUCAAAUCAAGACCCUUUUGUACGCCAUGACCACCAAACAAAUGGCUAUCCACGACCAGUCCUCUUCACAGGAGUCUUCUGAAUCCCACGAACACAUUCAUGUCGAAGUUGAACAACCGAAAAGCAGAGCUCGUCGCUCUUCUGACCGUCAACAGAGCGAGUUCAACAAGGACUGGAGGUCUUCGAGUUCCAGCGACUCUUCAUCAGCUUACAUCAACGACGAUCUUCCCAGGAUCAACGAACCAGCGUACGCCGCUCUCUACAUGAGUGCUCAAUCGCGCGGAGAUAAGAAACAGAACACGAUGAAUGCACAGAAACUGCUCCAGGAUAUCGCUCAGCAGCUGCAGAACCCUAACAACAUGCCGAAAGCUGAUUUCCUGUCCAAGUUUAACAUUCUCGUCCGCAUUAUUGCUUCCAUGAGCAGCGAUCAGCUUGCCCAAACCAGCCGCGGUAUUGAAGUCGGUAGGACCUCAAACAACAAUGUCAAGGUUGACAUGUGGAUGAUAUUCCGUGACGCUGUUGUGCAAGCCGGCACCCCCCCAGCCUUCCUUCAAAUCAAGACAUGGAUCCUGAACAAGAAACUCCAGAAUGAGGAAGCCGCUCAGGUGAUUUCUACUUUGGCAAGAACUCUGCGUUACCCCACCAAGGAAAUUAUGAUUCAGUUCUUCGAGCUGGCCAUGAACCCAGUGGUCCAAGAGCAAGAGCGUCUUAACACCAGUGCUUUAAUCGCUGCGACGAAGUUCAUUUACAUGGGUCAAGUUAACAACGAAACCGCUCACUACUACUACCCCUCUCACAUGUACGGCCGUCUCGCCCGCAGAAACGACAGAUUCGUCCUGGACGAUAUCCUUCCCCGUCUCUCCGAGAAAUUGCAACAAGCCAUUGAAAAGCAAGAGUGGAGCAGGGCUCAGGUUUACAUCAAGGCAAUCGGCAACUUAGGACACCGUGAGAUCUUACAAGUAUUUUCACCUUACUUGGAGGGCCGUAUCCAGGUCCCAACAUACCUGCGUGUGCAAAUGGUUGUUCAACUGCGUUCCCUGGCUCACCAGAAGGAUAAGUACGUGCGCGCUGUGCUCUACAGCAUCUUGAGGAACACUGCUGAGCCUUACGAAGUGCGAGUGGCUGCUAUCCUUAACAUAUUCAUGGCCCACCCGACCGCCGAGAUGAUGCAAGUAAUGGCUCAGAUGACUAACGAAGACCCCAGCGUUCAAGUGCGUGCUGCACUCAAGAGUGGUAUCGUGUCCGCUGCUGACCUGAAAGAUCCUCAUUUCUGGCAUCUGUCAAGAACUGCGCAAGCUGUAAGGCAUAUUGUAACCAAGGAGAACCUUGGCACACGCUACUCCAACAAAUUCUUCGAAGACAACUACGUUAAUGAGGAUGAACAGGGAUCAUUCAGGGCUGUUUCUUACAUCGGUGGUGACAGCAAGGCUAUGCCCAAGUACCAGACUUACUCCUGGAGGGACCAAAUUAGCGGAUGGGGCUUUGAUACCAUUGGUGCUUCAUUCUCCGACGCCCAAGAAAUUGUUGAUUUCCUUAAGCAGAUGAUGUACGAGCCUCUUGUAUCUAACGCCAACCACAAAUACACCGCCCAGAAGAUUUCUGAAAUGCUGAAAAUCAAGCGUAACGCUCAGAGCCCUCUGGAGGGUGCUUUCUUCUUCAAUAUUGCUAACCAGGAACGUUUCUUUAGCUUUGAUGAGAGUGAUCUUAUCAGACUGGUGCAAGACGUCAUGGAGUACAUGAAAGAAUUAGAGCAAGGUGUAGACAAGCACUACACUAAGGUAUUCAACGCACACCAAGUGUCUGUCAUGUUCCCCGUUGCCUCCGGUAUGCCAUUCAUCUACAAAUACAAGGAACCUAUCGUCAUCCACAUCCAGAGCAAGGCCAAGGGCAAGAUGGACCGUGACCCCCAGACCCGCAAAUAUUUAACAUCUACCAUGGACAAGGAACUCCAAAUCACGAUUGCCAGAAACAUCGAUGGAAAUGUUGGUUUCAUGGACACUCUUAGCAACCAGCUUGCCAGUGCUGGAGUGGUCAGGAAAUACCAAGUGAACGUGCCCGUUAAGAUGAGCAUCCAAAUGAACGCUGGAGUAAUGAAGAUGAAGGUUGAACCCCUGCGCCCUGACCAAGAUUACAUGAUCGCUCAUUUCAGCGUUUGGCCGUACACUGCCAUCCAGAAGAAGGAUACCUUGGUGCCCUACUCUCAAGACCCGACCACUAAAAUUGUAGAACGUCUUAGGAAAGUCUCAUCCACUGACAUGAAGUUCGGCCAGCAAAUCGGCACUAUUUUCCAACUGCAAGGAUACUCCUACUCAGCUGACUACAGGAAUGCCGGCAAUCUGCUGCAGACCCUAUACAAAAUGGACGACUUACUGGCUGUAAGAGACAUCGCUUUGACCCACUACAACUUGAGAUAUCUUGGCAAACAAUCGCAGAACAAGGUUCUCACUUUAACUGCUGCUUAUGACCAACUCUUCAACCAGAAGCAGAGUGGUGAAUUAGGACAGGCCGACAAGAGGAAGGACGUGACGCCUAACAGCGAAGCCCGCCGCGAGGAGAUGCUUAAACGUGUAUCUGCCGGAAUCAACAAUGCUAGAGCUCAAGUGGUAGACUUCAGCGCAACCUUCGAGGGCCCCCAGAAACAGGAGUACGUCCUGACCGCUGCCAUUGCCAAGAGCCCCGUCGACCUUAAAAUCCAGUCUGCUGUGUUCGCUGGAAGAAACUCAGUUCAACAGGGUAACGAACAGAUCAACGCUGUCGUCAAGGUUACCAAACCUGAAAUAUCUGCAUUGAACUUCUUGGAAGCUCUGAAGAAGGAUGUCAAGAUGACUUAUGAAGCUGACAUUAAGUACGGUCAGGAUGGAAACAUCCACAUUCAGGGUAACACUGAGCGCACCAAGAAAUACACUGAACUGCUUCAGAAGCAUCCCUUGGCUAAGCUGGUACAGGAACAAAUCGCCAACGGCAACCAAUACCAGCUUGCUUCCCACAAGAUGCUGAUCAAGGCCUAUGCCCCUGACAGCGUUAAAGCUUCAGUAACCUACAAGAACGUGAGCCCAAUGUUCAUGAACUGGACUUCCCAAGCAUACAACAUCCUUAAGCAACUGAGCUGGAAUGCUGAUGUGAACCCAAUGAAGAGAGUCGCUGACGGAAAGCUGCAGUUUGAUGUACAGACUUCCUACGUGGACCAGACCCUUCGUUUUGAAAUGACCUCCCCCUCCGGUAUUCUUCGUUUCGACAAUGUGGUCAUUCCUAAGUUCACUCCCUACAUGGUGUCUCUGUACUACCCCUUCAGUAUGACUGAACGUUUCGCCAACUACUACUCCAGCUACCAAUACCAGCCUUUCUGCUCCAUUGACGGCAGCCAAGUGAGGACUUUCAGCAACCGUUCCUACGACUACGAGCUGUCUAAGUCUUGGCAUGUAGUUAUGCGCGAGGAGUACAACAAGAUCCGUGGCAAGUGGGACGACCUCGUCAUCCUCGCAAGGAGACCCAGCCAGCAGCAGCAGGAGAUCUACAUCUCAUACAAAACCGAAACUGGCAAGGAUCUUGAAAUUGAAAUUCAACCGGCUCAGUCUGCUCAAGCUAAAGUGCAGGUGAAGAGCAACAGCAAGAAGAUCUCCGAGGGAGACCUGACCAUCUACUGGGAUGACGUUGCAGAGGUUCCCCUUCUGCAGUACUUCACCACUCCUAAUGGCGUGCUGAUGCUCAGCAUCCGCGAUGGCCGCCUCCGCGCUAUGUACGAUGGACAGCGAUUGGUACUCACGACCCAGGACUACCGCACGACCACCAGAGGUAUCUGCGGCCAGAACAGCGGUGAGCCCCGUGAGGACUACGAAACCCCCAACGGUCUGGUUGACCUGCCCGAGCACUACGGAGCCUCUUACUCCCUCGAUGUUGAAGACAGCGACCCUAAAACCCAAGGACUGAAGAAGGAAGCUCAACAGAAGGCCUACCAGUCUACUCCUAAAUACACCGCGAUCCUCCGCUCCGACGAGCAGUGGCUGCAGGCAAUCAGACAAAGGGACGAGGAAUGGAGCACACCCAACGUGUACAGGACUAGGAGUUACUUGAAGAAGCGUGGUCAGUGCCAGCUGGUGCAGCAAGUUCAGUACCAUGAGAACCAUGGUGAGAUCUGCAUCACCACCACCCCCUUACCUUCCUGCCAGUCCCACUGCCACGGAGAAGGUUACAAGGUCCAAGCUGCGCAGGUGAUCUGCCAGUCUAAGGCUGACCAGCAGUUCAGGACUUACAGAAACCAGAUCCAACAGGGACAGAACCCUCAGGUCUCUGGUGUUCCGAAAGUAGAACAGUACAGGGUGCCCACAUCCUGCAAGGCUUAAAAAUCUUACCACCUAUCUUCCUUAUUAGUAACUUACCUACCUUAUCCAAACCGACCGAAAAUACGGCCUGAAAAUGGACUUCGAUUAUAUAUUGUUACAUAAUUAUGGUAUAUAUUUAUUUCAUAUUUUUAUAUAACUUUUGGCUGUAUUAUAUUUAUAUAUUCGAAAUUCAUUGUCGUAUUAAUAAUAUGUAUGUUAAAUAGUUUAUGUAUUGACGCUAUUUUGUAUUAUUAUGUAAGUAGAAUAGAUUGUAAAGAGCAAAUGAUAAAAAACUUAAAAAAAAAAUGAAAUGAAAAUACUAUGUAUUUCUAAGACGAAUUAAUAAAAAAAGUAAAUGAA